AUGGAGACGGCGACGACGGCGGGAAGGGCUUGUCUCAUGGCGGUGCUGGUGGUGGUGACGGCGGUGACGGUCAGCUCCCUCUGCGCAGCGGCCGGCGGUGUGGAGUCACCGGCCGGGAGGAACUGCACGGAGUUCAUCCGCCAGAGCUGCUCCGCCACGCGCUACCCGUCGCUCUGCUACUCGUCUCUCGCCGGAUACGCCGGCGCCGUCGGCGAGGACCCAACCCAGAUCGCCCACUUCGCCGCCAACAACAGCCUCGCCCAGGUCAGCUCCCUCUCCUACCACGUCCUCCUCCUCUACCGCGCCGCCGCCGCAGCCGGUGUUGACCCCCGCAUCGCCGCCGCGCUGGGCGACUGCGCCGAGUCCCUAGGCGACGCGGCUGAGCUGACCCGCCAGGCCGCCGCCGAGCUGGGCCUCCUCGCCAAGGCGGAAGGCCCCGAGCUUGCGUGGCACGUCAGCAACGCGCAGACCUGGAUGAGCGCCGCCCUCACCAACGAGGACACCUGCACCGACGGGUUCGCCGCCACGGCGGCGGCGGCGACGGCGGGCGGCGACGUGUUCAUGAAGGCCGACGUUGCCCGCCACGUGCGGCGGGCGAGGCGGUACACGAGCAUCGCGCUGGCGCUGGUGAACAGCCUCGUCGGCGUGGCCCGUUGA